AAUUGUAAUAUGUGAGGGACUGAAUGUAUAAUUUGGAGAAAGGUUAGAAUUUUGGGGAUUUUGAGCGGGAUAUGAAAGUGAAAAUCCCUAAAUUAGGGAUUUCAAUUUUCACCGUUCUCCUCUCUCGCGAUCCCUGUUCGCCAGUUCCUCUUCUCCGCCUGCCACUCGCCGGCGCCGACCCCUCCACCACUCGCGCCCCUGGCUCACUUCUUCGCCUGGGUUAUGCUUCCUCCUCCUCCUCUGGCUUCCUUUUCUUCUCUCUCGCGAAUCCCUCCCUACGCCUUGCUCACACCGGCUUCCUCUCCUCCGCUACUGGUUCUGACGGUCACUCCCCCAGCCCCUUUUUGAAUCUCUCUCGAUUCGUCUGUAAAGGGAAACAUGGAAAGACUAUUCUUGAUCAAACAGCUGCAAGCACUAUCUCACUCAUUUUGCUCUUGCUGAUGAUAUCAUUUCCAAGAUAUGCAGCAAUGUUGGGUGCAUCACCUACAAGUAGAAUCAGUUUGAAACCGGUAAUCUUUAAUCCUUCAGUUGAUCUUCUUCUGAGUAAUAAGAAAAGCUUUGAGAUUGAAAUCUAAAAUGUUGA